CCACCCCCACCAAAUCUCCAUACGCCAUCGACCCCCACCUCGUCUUCCUCUUCUUCUCUGCCCUUCGGUGUGCUUUCGAUCGAUCGAUUGAAUCCAUCUCCCAUGGCGGCGCGGCGGCAACCAGUGGAGUUCGAGGACUUCCUCCCCCUCAUGGUGGAGAAGCUGGGCGAGGAAGGCCUCAUGGAGGAGCUCUCCAACGGCUUUCGCCUACUCAUGGACCCUCGCCGGGGGCUCAUCACCUUCGACAGCCUCAAGCGCAACGCCGCGCUGCUGGGCCUGGGCGCCCUGGGGGACGACGACCUCCGCGCCAUGCUGCGCGAGGGCGACUCCGACGGCGAUGGCGCGCUCAGCCAGUGGGAGUUCUGCGUCCUCAUGGUCCGCCUCAGCCCCGACCUGAUGGACCACCAUGCCUUCGCCGCUUGAUUCAUGAGCUAGUUCUCACUAUUCGAUUUGUUUCCCUCUUCCUCUUCCUCCUCAUGUUGAUGUUCAUAUGAUAAUGGAAUCGGAAAUUGACAUUUAUUUAUA